GACAACACAAAAGCCACACGUUCGCCCACCGUCGCCCACCCCCCUCACCACCCCCCCCACCGCCAGCAGGAUGGGGCGCCGCAGGAUCCAGCGCUGCACCACGCCAGAGCUCAAGGACGUCCUCCUCGAGUCGUCAGGAGGAAGGUGGUUCCGGCCAGUCAACGGCUACGAUGUGGUCUUCCCGGGAAUCCUUCUCGGGGACGCCGACACGGCCCUCUCGACCAACCUCCUGAAGGACAUCGGAGUGACCCACGUCCUCAACGCCGCCCAGGGCCACAACAACGAGGUCUACCGCGGCUACGUCAGCACCACCGCAAACUACUACAAGAAGAAGGGCAUCUUCUACCUGGGCAUCCCCGCCAUGGACAUGCCCGGCUUCUACCUCAAGCCGUACUUCAGGGAGGCCGCGGACUUCAUCCAGCUCGCGCUGCAGCAAGGAGGAAAGAUUCUGGUGCACUGCCAGUGUGGAAUCUCGCGGUCAGCCUCUCUCGUCGCCGGCUUCCUGAUGCUCCACCGUGGUAUGAAUGUCCAGACCGCUCUCGCCACCAUCAGCAAGAAGAGAAGCAUCUUCCCCAACCAGGGCUUCCUGAGUCAGCUGUGCGACCUGGACUACGAGCUGCGCCGUAGCGGAGAGAUCCCCGAGUCCGACCUGCCGGACCGCCGCGGGUCUCUGCCUUACCGCGAGACGUCGCCCUUCCGCAAUCCGUCGGCGUACCCUCGGUUUACGUUAGUGCCUUACAGGACCUUCGAGACGUAUUCCGACACCAAGACGUACGUGCCCCCGCGCAGGUCCUCCUCCGUCGACCGGUACGAGGCUCCCGCCAAGCCUUUCGCCCACAACCCGCUCGUGGAUUCCAAGACCUACGGCCGCACGAGGUCCUCCACGAGCCCCGUCCGCUACACGCGCAGCCCCUCCGUGUCCUACACGAAGUCCUUCAUCGACGAUGACGACGAGGAGCCCAUCAACACGAAGGUGUUUGAUACGUACAAGCGAUACGUCAGGUCAUCCACGACACCGCUGCCGUCCUCGGUCUACAGGGAGAGGCUGGCCCGUAUCCUGGACUACUACGUGCCGCCCAGGAACAUCCUCUACGACACUACGCCAACGCCGUAUUCCUACUCGAUUGAGACGUACUACCCCGACAGGACCUACCAGUACAUCAACAACCUCAAUAAGUACUACGACACCUAUAGGUACAUGCGGGAGCCGAGCCCCGUCAGAGCCUACUCGCCCGUGCCCGAGCGCCGCACCUACAACAUGGUGCCUCUCAGGGGCUACCACUCGGGUACGACCUACGUGUCAACCUAUCCUUAUACAGAGAAAUACUUCCCGACCAUCUGCAAGUAUCCAGCCACAGCGCGGGCUCUAAACACAGCCACGCUCUCCACCUUCGCGACUCUCAGGGCGUAAUACUCUAGGCCCUGGGACGCUAAUACUUAACAAUGCUAUUCAAUUAAUGUUCAUGUUUCAGCUUCAUUGUUUCAACAUUUGACGUCCUGUCGCGACGUUUGAUGUUCAGGCAUCAGCAUUUGGUCUUUUUAAGAGUCUACCCAAAUCUACCAUUACAUAGAUAUGUUCAUUGUCCUAGAGUAUACCGCGUAGGAUAUGAUUUAGAGUUCCCUAAAUAGUUUUCUGUGAGGAGACCGUGGUCUGCCAGAUGCUUGGAGCUGUGUGGGUGUUGCUGAUGUGAAUAACUUUAAAUGUGCAGUAUAGAAACUGUGUCAUAUUCAUGUGAUGUCGCAUUCAUCUUUUUAAAGCUACAGAACAACCGAUGUUCGUGUCUACUGCAUUACACAUUACUAAUACUCAUACCAAGCUGUGUCAUGUUUGUCACUAUCAAUGUAAAAAAAAUACCAGUCUAGUGUUUAGACAAUGUACAUAUCGACAGUGCGUUACUUGUAUAAUCAAUAGGUAAGGUCGAAGGUGUUGCUGCAAACCUAACUGAAUACCAUCUUGCCAAGCUGCGCCAUUCAAAGUGUCAAAAUAACUCAAAAUGAACUUACUUGUCGCUCAUUUUUGGCUCGCUGUGACGAGGACUCAGACGACUACGAUGAGGUCGUCUUAAAGGCUGGAAGAGGUGGUGGUGUCAGCGACUGUGAAGGUCACGUGACUGAUGGUACGACUGAGUUACAUAACUGAAACAUUUCUUUUAAUGCUUAUCAUUAGUGUUGUAAUAUUUUCCUCCGUUCUGGUUGGAAUGUUUAGUGCGGCCGGAGCGUUUAUGGUCUCGCGUGACCCGUUCUGACCCCGAUUAUGCAACUUCGCUGCCUUUGAAUUCGGCCACACAUGCACAGAUAGCCGCGUGAGACAAAGGUCGUAUAUAUAUUUUUUAAUUUGUAUAACUGGUCAAAAUAAUCAUCACAAUAUGCACUAUAUUUACAUACAUACAUACAUUCAUAUAUAAGUACACACAUAAAUACAUACAUACAUUAUACAUAC